GAUUUGUAUGUGGAACGCGCACGGUGAUGAAUGUGCAUGUACACAAAGGUCGGUGGCACGAACGUGCGACGGAUCUGCACGAAACGCAGUCAAACGAUGGAGGGAGCCAAUCACAGACCUAGUUUGAUCCCAGGUGCCCGGAUGUUGCCGUGGAAAGCUCAUCUACGUCAUUGUUCACCGCCGGACACCAGCUUGGAAAUAAGGAAUGGCUUUACAAUCGCUACAAACGUGCUUUUAACAAUAUUCCAGCAAUGAACUAUGACCAUUGUUGACAGAUCCUCCGAAAAUUCUGACCACGAGUCAGUCGGUUGCAAGAGAUCCCCCUUCACCAGUGGAGACGGGAUGGACAGCAGCUGUUCCAGCAGCUGGGCAGUGGGUCCCACCCUACCCACUGACUCGCCGCGGCUGAAGGUUCCGGGGGGCUGCUUGGGCCCGACGCCUGGCGCCGUUGUCUACAAUAGCACGCCUCCCUCCGUGGACCGGCCCAAGGAGCAUGUGUUGUGCAGCGGCGAUGGCAUUGACAUGCCGCAGAAGGUCCUCUUCUCUCCCGAGCGUCUUAGCCUAAAGUGGAACCAGGUUCAUCGCAUAGGCGCCGGCCUGCAGAACAUGGGCAACACUUGUUUCCUCAACUCGGCCCUCCAGUGUCUCACCUACACGCCGCCAUUUGCCAACUACAUGCUGUCACGGGAACACUCGAAAACAUGUCACGAGCCAGGCUUCUGUAUGAUGUGCACCAUGCAAAACCACAUCAUUCAAGUUUUUGCCAACUCUGGGAACGUUAUUAAGCCAAUGGGUGUGCUGAACGAGCUCAAAAGAAUCGCGAAGCACUUCCGCUAUGGAAGCCAGGAGGAUGCCCAUGAAUUUAUUAGGUACACGGUGGAUGCUAUGCAAAAGUCCUGCUUGCCUGGAACCAAAUUGGACAGGCAAACGCAGGCGACCACUUUUAUUCAUCAGGUAUUUGGUGGUUACCUAAGGUCCAGAGUUAAAUGUUUAAACUGCAAAGCAGUCUCUGAUACAUUUGACCCUUUUCUGGACAUCACUCUAGAAAUCAAAAUGGCACCCAGUGUUUCGAAGGCUCUAGAGCAGUUUGUCAAGCCAGAGCAGCUGGAUGGGGAGAAUGCCUACAAGUGCUCCAAGUGCAAAAAAAUGGUCACUGCCUCAAAGAGAUUCACGAUCCAUCGCAGCGCCAAUGUCCUCACCCUGUCGCUGAAACGCUUCGCCAACUUCAGUGGAGGAAAAAUCACAAAAGAUGUGAAAUAUCCCGAGUACCUGGACCUGCGGCCCUUCAUGUCGCAGUCGCAAGGAGAGCCACAACUCUACGGGCUGUUUGCUGUUCUGGUCCACUCUGGAUUCAGCUGCCACGCUGGACACUACUUCUGCUAUAUUAAGGCAAGCAAUGGUCAGUGGUUUCAGAUGAACGAUUCGUCUGUGACUGUAAGCGACAUUAGGUCUGUUCUUAACCAGCAGGCUUAUGUCCUCUUCUACAUCAAGUCCAGUGACGGAAAGAAAGAAGGGGACUAUGGUCACAUGACCCAUAACUCAGCUGCACCCGGCCAGUCAUCACCUCGACCCAUUGUGAUUCCCCGCAUCAACACCACCGCCCAUCACAACAACAAUGGCGGCUUCAUCGGACCACAGCUGCCCCCGCACAUGAACAAGAAUUCUCUCCACAUGAAUGGGAACGGGUCUUUGAGGGAGUGUCCCAAGCCCAGCACCAGCAGCAGCAUUGCUGGAAAACCCAACCACAGCGCGGCCUCCUCUUCUUCCACGUCGCACUUGGCCAGCCAGCCUUCAGCGAUCCCAGAGCACGAGAAGCGCCUGAAGCUGUCCUUCUGCAUCGGCCAAGGCAAACCAAAUCGUCCGGCGGCGUCCUCCUCCUCCUCCUCGUCGUCAUCGGCCAGCAGCUCCACCGCCACCUCGUCCUCGAGCUCUUUACCCUCCUCCUCCCAGUCUACCUCAGAGGCUCGCUUCAUCCCAAGUCAGGUGAACCACGUCAACGGCACGCCGAGCAGUAACGGGGAGCACCAGGCCGGCGGGAACGGCUCGUCGUUCUUGGUGCCGUACGGCCAAGAGUUGUCGGAAGAGUCGGACCAAGAGAACGGCGGGUCCCUGGAUAAUGGCUGCUCAGUGGAGAGUCACAUGAAUGGUAACAAAAGAACAAGGGAGGACUUUGCCAAUGGCGACUCUGGCGCGCACCACAAUGGAAACGGUGUAAAUGGAAUUUCCCACAGCAUAUCUAAAAACAUACAAAACGGACACCAUCAUGGACUUCAAAAAGUCAAUGGUCAUAAUAGUGUUGAAAAGAUCUCGGUCAGUAGUGAGGGAAGUUUGUCAUCAGAGGGGAGUUCGACUGUGAAUGGAGUAGACACUGAUCACUGUCAACCAAGCAAAGAGUCGUUGUCAUCCCAGGCUAGUUCUGUUCAGAGGGUCCAACCCGCCGCCAGCGAAAGCCAGAAACUCUCCCCCGACGUAAGGGCGACACGAGUGGCCGAUCCCCCGCCUGAGCAAACGGCCUGCGAAACCGCAUCCGCUUCCACCAGCAAAAUUCAUUCCUCGGCAUCUAGCGAGUCCGCGUCCAUCAGUCUCCCAGCCACCUCGCCCGACUCCUCCCACAGCACCAGCGGCACGUGCGCGCCUCUACCGAAGAGUCCCGAUGAAGUCACGAAUGCCCCAUUGACCAACGGCUCAUCGGCGGCGGCCUCCAAAGGCCGUGCAGAGGUGAGAGAUCAUCUCCGGCCCAGUCCGCCUUCCAGAAGCUACGAAAGACAGUCAUCGCGGGAAAGGGGUCGGGACCGGACGUACUCGUCUGACUGGAGCAGGGACAGAGAGCGAAACUACAACAGGAGUCAGGAGAGGGACGCAACUCACUACAGACGGGACAACAGAGACCACCAUUACAACCACCACCGCUCAUACAGGGACUAUUACUACCGGGACUGGGAGAGCGAACGUCGCUGGGAGCGGACUCCCUACCACCCCAGGGAGCGGGACCACGACCGCUGCUCACACCACUACCACUUUUAUCACCACCACCACCGAUCCAGGGAAGACCGCGAUUACCAGCGCAGGAGUUACGGCAACUCCUACCGCCACAAGUCUCACGGCCAAUGGAGGCGGGAUCAGGACAGCUGGGAAGUUCGCGGGAUGAGGGACGAUGGCAGGGAAAGGGACCACCACCACCUCUAUCGGGGGACGUCGCCCAACAGGUCGCCGUAUCGGCACGCUCAUCCGGGGUCGGAGGACCAGAAUCCUCGGCGGAGCGGUCGCUCUGUGAGCUCUGAGGAGCGGCAUAGCAAAAAACACAAAAAGAGCAAGAAGAAGAAAUCAAAGGAUAAAGAGCGACACCGUGAGAGUGGGAGCUCCGACUCAGACCAAGGCUAUGAAGUUAAAAAAAAGAAAAAGAGGCGGCACCAGAGCGAGCAACGCAGCCCGGACGGCGGCCACAGGAGCCGCAGCAGCGAAGAACGCCAGUGCCGCAAACGCCGUCACUCCAAGGAUGCCAAGCAAGACGAGGACAGCUGCUCACCGGACAAACGCCGCCGCCUCGACUACGACCACAAUGGCACCUCCCCCGCCGGACCUGCACACGGGCCAUUUCACAGUCACCUUAACGGAUACGCAGGAAACGGUUACAGCCAAACCAACGUUGUAUCCCACUGAUGGUCCGGUUUGCCGAGAAGUACCAUGAAGCACUGAAAACCCCCUUGCCUAGACAUACAGCGGAGGAAUGAUUCAUUGAUCUGGUGCUUCAUUGGGAGGGGGGUUGUAUUUUUACCACACGUCAAGUGUUAUAUAUAUAUUCACUUUUAAAGCAUUGAUUUUUUUUAGUUGCAGUAACGCUCCUACUCUCGUCGGACGCGAACGAUGACAAAUAUUAAUAUAUUCGUGUAUGGGACACACAAAAGCCUGGAGCUUAAAACAUCUCGACUGCUGCUCAGUGGAACUCAGGACUCAAACUCAUCAUCCACUCGCUUCACGUGAAAGGGAAACACAAGCGCUGCUGAAAACAAGUUUGGAAGGUGGGUACUACGUGCGUGGAUGGUUUUGAGUUUCCUUCAUCUUCACUUCUGGGUUGGGGGGGGGGGGGUAAAUGGGUGGGAGGUGUGGAAAUUCUGAACAAACAAGCAAGCAAGGCUUCACUCACUGAUACCCUGGAUCCACGAUGCCCUGGACUGACACAUUUCCCCUACGUUUGUUUAGGUUCUCUUCUAACACACUUUACUAUUUUAAACUUGUUUCUCUUCUUCUGAGUCAUUCCUUUCGGUCUUUCUUUCAGCUCAUGUUCUAUUUUAAUGAAACCGAAAAAAAGAUUAUGUAAUCGCAGUUAUAAAUGGGGGGAAAAAAACUACAGAAAAUCCUGUUUGCGUCGACUAGCAUCAUAAGGAAUACUGUGAAUUUAAUUUUUGAACUGUACUAUCAGUUACUUUUAUAUACACAUAUAUAUAUAUAUAUAUAUAUAUAAAACUCCUGUAUCAGGAUUAUAAAUAGAUGUUGUUUUGCUUUAUUUGUUUUUAGACAAACGUGUUAAUUCUGCUCAUAUUCUCUGAAAUUAUGGCAGCCAUGAGUACGGAUUGUGUUUUGUUUUGCAACUUUUUGCCAGAAGUUGAAAACUUGUAUUAUUCCUUUAAUUUAGCAUGUCAGCAUUUAUACAUUGUACAAGGUAAAUGCCUUAAAAUACAUUUUGUUAAUGUCAGAAAUUGUACUGUUGUUUUUGUGUGUGGAAAACUGCACUGGAAUAGCUGGAAAAGUGUUCUAAAUAUUUGAGGGGCGAUUAGAAAACCUUUUUGUAUUUUUCACAAAAUAGAUUGUCAUAUCUAUGUGUACACCAUACAGUAAAGAAGCACUUAAAUGAAUAAUAAUAACCUGUUGAAGGGUCUAGUCAUUAAAAAAAAAAAAAACUAAAAAUGGCUUAUGAAAUAACCAAAGAACUGCUCAGUGAUCAUACUAGAUGUUUUUUUCCAACAUCCUAUACUGUAUAUUGUUUUUUACACCCCCACCAUCAUUUUGCAUCGUUAUUCUCUUGCUAAUGUUAUUCAAACACUUUUCCAUGAUUGUAAAGUGCUGAACUAAAUGAUGAAUGGUCACUCAAUCACUUGGAAAAUACAGUACAUAAAAACAAAAACAAUGUACAUCAUAUACAUGCAGAUUGUAAAUCGAUUUUGUUAAAAAUUAAGGAAAUAAAUUACAAAAAAAAUUACAAAGGUGGAUCAUCAAAUUUGUGUUGCUAUUCUAAAGACACCAAAUAAUACAAAAGUGCAAAUUAUUCCCAGUAUGCUAACUAAUAUUCCAAGAACGGGAACACAUAUUUCACAAAUAAAAUACACUCCUCCCCAAACAUUAUUUAGCUAUUUGGCUUUUAGGUCGGAUUUUAGGAUGAAACUAAAAUGCAUUUAAAUCAAGUUUUAAUUAAAAUGAAUGGAAAUGCUAUUAAUUGUGAUCCUUCUGUUGUGUAUGCCUGGGCCGCUAGGAGGCAGUGUAAUAUGGACGUCACACAAGGCGGACCUCUCGCGUGAUCACGCUUGACGUCACAAGCGCGAAGAGAAGCUGGCAGGUACUUCCGGGUAUACACCGAAACUUGCCGAAUGUUCGUAAAUAUUUCGUGGAGGAGCGUUGUAAGAUGGUAUUGUCGACAAAAAAUAAUUUGCUCUGUAAAAUGCUCUUUGGGGAGUCUAGUUUUAUACAAAGAACGACAUUGGUCAACUGAGAAUGGCAGUUAACAGCUUCAAGGUGUUUUUUUUUUUUAUCUUCAAAGAAUUGUUCUUGGAACGACCAAACUGCUGCUUGUUGUAAAGUGAGGUGAAAGUUUACAAUGAUGGUAACGUCUACAGCCAUGAUGUGCCAACACCGUUCGUCGAGGUCCAGGAGCAAAAAUGACAUUAACAAGAAAUUGCGCAAUGUCUUCUGGAGUGUGCUGAAGGAGGUCGUUCUCAAGUAAGAACUGGAUUCCCUGGAGGAGAGGAGGUGAGCUCCCAUGAACCAUUUCAAGAGCAUCUGAACAAGAUGGAAAGGCAUCACCAAAUUCUACAGCAUAAGCAGUCACAAGUCAUUGGAAGCAUGUGACCAUGUAAUUGCUCCAACCUCAGAAGCCACCAACUGCUUUCUUUAUAUGAGAAACUUACUGUAAGUACCGACGCUGAACUUCUUUGGCUGGGCUUCAAGAGCUUUGCUGGAACUAUUUCGGAAUAUCUACCUCUGUCAUUUUUGGAAUCGGCAACAUUUCUGCUCAACAGUUUAGUUUUGCUAGCACUGCAGAAGCGCUUGCAGCAUCUUUCCAAAUGGGUGAGUUUUGCUUUCAAAGUCUUGCCACGGCCAGAAAUUUGCCACCAUAUCCAGCAUCAGCAUGUGACUCACCUCACAGCUCCGUUACAUCUGAUCCAAUCGGAUCACAGAGAUGACUCAAGGCCUAUUGUUACCAUGCUGCGUUUUCUGAUCAGAUCAGAUAAACAUAGCUUUGUGACUCCAUGGGACCUCACCCCCCCCCCACCACCUAUGAUGACUAACAAUCUGCAUGUGCAAAAAAAAAAUAAAAA